GUUGGGAGGGAGCCGGACUCCUUGUGGCCUGGUUUUGAAUAUCCUUAUACAUAAUUCCCUAAGGGGUGGAAUGUUCGAUGACGAACCUCCAGCCAAUGGGCACCCAGGAUGCAAGGUCUGGUGUGUUUGAGGAGGUGGCCGUAUAUUUCACCAAAGCAGAGUGGGCUCUGAUGGAUCCAGACCAAAAGGUUCUACACUGGGAAGUCAGGCUGGAGAGUUUUGUGAGUGGGGCUUCUUCAGAUGUGUGGGAGGGAGAAAAUGAAAAGGAAGCCCAUCCAUUGAAGGAGAAAAGUGAAAUGUCUCCAGACUUCAAGGAAAACUGUGGAAAUCUGGAUGGAAAGAAAGAUCAGGAGGAAAGCCAAACAGAUAAAGGCAGGAACAAAUAUCAGGAUGACUUCUCUGAAGUUCUACGUCUUCAACCAAUAUGCAACAGAAAGAGCAAGAAUGAAUGUCCCGCUUGUGGGAAAAGCUUUGCUACUACGUCAAGCCUGAAAGUACAUUGGAAUACUCACACAGGAGCAAAACCCUAUGUCUGCUCACAGUGUGGAAGGAGAUUCAGCCAAAGCUCAACUCUUACUUCCCAUGAGCGAACCCACACAGGAGAGAAACCAUAUAAAUGUGUGCAAUGUGGGAAAGGUUACAGCCAAAGCGCAUACCUUAUUUCUCAUCAAAGAAUCCACACAGGGGAGAAACCAUAUUCUUGCUCAGAUUGUGGCAAAAGUUUCUGCCACAAGUCAAACCUUACAACCCACCAAAGAAUCCACACAGGGGAGAAACCAUUCACAUGCCUGGAGUGUGGAAAAAGCUUCAAUCACAGCUCAACGCUUACGUCACAUCAAAGACAGCAUACGGGAGAGAAGCCAUUUAAAUGCCUAGAGUGUGGAAAGAGCUUCAAUCAGGGUGCACAACUUAUUAGCCAUAAAAAAAGUCACAUGAGGGAAAAACCAUUUAAAUGCCUCAAGUGUGGGAAGAGUUUCUGUCAGAAAAGAACUCUUGUGGCACAUGAAAGAACUCACAGAGGAGAGGAACAUUAUGAAGUUUUUGAAGAAAGGAGAUUGAGUCAGAACCAUCAAAGUACCCCCACAGGGGAAAAAGCAUAUAUAUGCCUUGAAUGUGGAAAAAGCUUCCGUCAAAGCACACACCUUACUGCCCAUCGGCGGAUUCACACAGGGGAAAAACCUUAUAUUUGCUCAGACUGUGGAAAAAGUUUCACCCAGAACUCAAACCUUAAAGCACAUCAAAGAACCCACACAGGGGAGAAGCCAUUUAAAUGCCUGGACUGUGGAAAGAGUUUCAAUCAUAGCACAACACUUACUUUACAUCAAAGAGUACACACAGGCGAGAAGCCGUAUAAAUGCCUAGAAUGUGAAAAGAGCUUCACACAGAGGUCACAUCUGCUGACACAUGAGAAAAUUCACACACAAGAAAAACCAUUUAAAUGUACUGAGUGUGGAAAGAGUUUCAAUCGCAAUGCAAAACUUAUAUUCCAUCAAAGAAUCCACACAGGAGAGAAACCAUAUCAGUGUUUGGAAUGUGGAAAGAGAUUUAGUCAGAACACAAACCUUGCAUCUCAUCAAAAAAUCCACAGAGAGGAGAAGGAAUUUAAAUGCCUGGAGUGUGGGAAAAGCUUCACACAGAGCACAUAUCUUAUCAUACAUCAAGAAAUCCACUCAGGAAAAAAAGCAUAUAGAUGUUUGAAAUGUGGAAAGGCUUUCAGUCAUAAUGCAGGUUUGAUGAGACAUAGGAGAAUCCACACAGGAGAGAAUCUGUAUGAGUGUUUGGUUUGUGGCAAGAACUUCAUUCAGAGUUCCCACCUCACUUCACAUCUAAGAAUCCACACAGGGGAGAAACCAUUUCAGUGCUUGGAGUGCGGAAUGAGCUUCAAAUGGAACGAGCAACUCCGUUCACAUAAAAUAGUCCACACGGGCAAGAAACCAUACCAAUGUAUGGAAUGCGGGAAGAGCUUCAUUCGCAGCACGCACCUUACUUCACAUCAGCUAAUCCACACGGGAGAAAAACCAUACAAAUGCAACGAAUGUGGAAAGAGCUUCAUCCGAAGUACUGAGCUCACUAUCCACCAGAGAAUUCACACGGGAGAGAAGCCAUAUCAGUGCUUAGAGUGUGGAAAGAGCUUCUCGCAGAGCACCAACCUCACUUCACACAAAAGAAUCCACACAGGGGAGAAACCACACAAAUGCCUGGAGUGUGGAAAGAGCUUUACGCAGAGGUCCUACCUUAGCAGGCAUCACCGGAUUCACACAAAUGAGAAGCCAUUUAAAUGCUGCGAGUGUGGGAAGAGCUUUUCUCGGAGUAAAUAUCUUAAUUUCCAUCAAAGAAUACACAUAGGGGAGAAACCCUACAAAUGCUUAGAGUGUGGGAAGAGCUUCUAUCGGAGCAGAGAUCUUACUUCACAUCACAGAACCCACACAGGGGAGAAACCAUAUAAAUGCUCAGAGUGUGGGAAAAGCUUCUCACGGAAUCGAGUUCUCAACUCACACCAAAGAAUUCACAGUGGAGAGAAACCAUUUAAAUGCUUGGAGUGUGGGAAAAGUUUUUUGGCACAGGCAACACUAAUCAAUCACCAAAGAAUCCACACAGGGGAAAAACCAUAUAAAUGCUCGGAGUGUGGGAAAGGCUUUAGUCAAAAGAUAAACCUUACUGCACAUGUAAGAAUCCACACUGGGGAGAAACCAUAUAAAUGCUUGGAAUGUGGGAAAAGUUUUUGUCACAGCUCAGGCUUGAAGUCCCAUCAAAGAAUCCACACAGGGGAGAAACCAUUUAAAUGUUCAGGAUGUGGAAAAAAUUUCAGCCACAGGAUAAAUCUCAUGUCACAUGAAAAAAUCCACACAGGGGAGAAACCAUACAAAUGCCUGGAGUGUGGGAAGAGUUUCUGCCAGAGUUCACGCCUUAAGGUACAUCAACAUAUUCACACCUUAGAAAUCAUUUCCAAGGUCAGGCUGUGGGAAAUGUUUUGAUAUGUAAAAAAUAGAGUUCAUCUCCUAGGCAGCAGAUAGCUGAGUCAGCAACCGAGGACGGAGACUGAAAAUCUGGAGUAAUUUGUGACAGUUGACCUUUAACAUAAUUGGUGCAUUAGACUGUGACUCUAUUCCUAUGGGAAGACUGUUGCUGGGCAAAGUACCUUGCCUGAACAUUAUAAACCUGUGUAUAGAACUCUGUAUGGAUCUUAGCUUAUCUUAGCUUCAUCUUUGGGAUCUUAGUUGUCUUAGUCUUGUGUAGCUAGAACUUUGCAUAGUGUUGUAUUGUGUUAUGCUGCAACUAUCAAGUAAAGCCUUCCUGUGGAAAGAACA